GAGCCACCUGCUUAAAUGUCACUCCCGAAUCCGCUUCUAAUGCUCCAUCGCCCCUCCCUCUUCUCUGACUCGACGCAUCUCUUCUCUCGGCCAUACUCCGGAGAUCUCCAAAGGGCAAAACCCCCGUUUCUUCUAUCCUCUCCUCGUUGCUUCGCUUCUCGGAUCCGAUCGCCGGUAUCUCCACGGUCCGCACCAUCACCGAUGGCGCCGUGGCAGUUCUCGUGUUUCGGCCGCGGCUGCGGGGCUUCCUCGCCGUCGACGUCGCCGGAGGCAAACGCUACGGCGGACCUGACGGCGGAGGAACUACGGAGGAGGUGUCCCGUGCUGGUGGAGUUAUUCUCUUCGCAGGGAUGCGGGACGUCCCCGGAGGCCGAGGCAGUGUUAUCGCGGCUGGGCCGUGGCGAGCUCCGAGAGGACCUGCCCCCUGUGGCGGUGCUGGGGUUCCACGUCGAGUACUGGGACUACCGGGGGUGGCGGGACCCCUUUGGAUCCAGCAUUUGGACGGUGCGGCAGAAGGCGUACGUGGAGUCGCUUCGGCUCGACACCCUGUACACGCCCCAGGUGGUGGUCCACGGCCGCGCCCAGUGCAUCGGCACCGACAUCGACGCCAUUGCCUCCGCCGUCCGAUCCGCUCUCAGAUUUCCGUCCCCUACCAUGCAGGCAACAUUCCAAAAGCCAGCUCCUGAGACACUGCAGGUGGCUUUCACUGGGGCAUUGCGGUCGACAGUGGACGGAAGUGGCGCGGACGUCAUGGUAGCACUCUACCAGAGCAGUCUGAUCACCAACUGUGACAAGGGUGAGAACAAGGGCCGUGUUCUCCCCAAUGACUAUGUUGUCCGGCAACUUGAAAAGCUCGUUUCGGUCAAGGACAUCUCCGCGAAGAAGAACCUCUCCGGCUCUGUCCAGUUCACUCUGUGGGAGGGCUUUAAUAGUGCUAAAUGUGGCCUUAUUCUCUUCGUUCAGAAUAGCUCCCUCCAGAUCUUUGGUGUCCAGCACUUCCAAAUCCCACAGACCAUAUGAUGUUAGGGAACCCAUACGUGAUGCCUUUGGAGAACAUUCAGCUAUUUGAUCCUGUACAGUUGUGGUGUGCGUGUUUGGCUCAUUAAUUCUCUUUGAUAGAGUCUAUUGUUCCAGUGUCGUUAAUUUGUCAUUCUUCCUCUUUAGGAUGUUGAUUUCUCUUCUUAAUAAUGUAGGAAAUAUGUACUGAGAAGACACAUCAUAUGAUCUUUAUUUUGGAGUGUAUUAACUUUCUCUGU